AUGAAUUAGAAGAACAAUAAUUGUCAUAAUGCUCAAAGAGAAAACCAUUCAGCAUUUCCACCUACUCGCAGAGGAAUUUCGAGUUUUCUCUUAAAAACAUACUCAAUGGUUAUGGUAUGUAAGUCAACACUCAUUCCCUUAUAAUUCAGAGCUUUAAUUUGUGAAUCAAAUAUAAUGAUUUGAG